CAACAACAUUUAGCGCGAAGUUUGAUACCAACCAGAAUGAAGCUGAACCGAGGGGAAACUAUAGUUGGUUGCAUGCCAAACUAAAGCUUUUAUAAAUCUUCUAUGUGACUAACACCCCCCUAGUUGACUAUACCAACUCACUGGUAAUACUUAUCUGUUAAAUCAGUAAGUGUCUUUAGAAGGUAAGAGCAAAAAAGGAGCACAGACAUGAGCGCGUUUGCUUUGAAAAUGAAGCAGGCAGAGGAGCCAGCGUUAGCUGUUUCUGGGUAACUAGAGGUAAGUUAGCGUUUAAUGCUAGCAACAUGGGCAGGUGAGGAGCCUCGACAUAACAGAUACAGCCUAGGAAACAAGGAAAAUGAGAAGGAGUCUUGCACCCAGUCAGGUUGCCAAACGGAAGCAACCAGGAGAUUCCUGUGAAGAUGAGGACUGGACAUAUAGAACUGAGAAAAAAAGAAAAGGUGAUAAAGAGAGGAGAGAAAGCCAUAUUUCUCCCUUCAGAAAGCCUCUGACACAGCUGAACAAGCCGCCCCCUUGUAUGGAUGGUGACAAACAUGAGGCGUUUAUUCGAAGUAUCCUCUCCAAACCAUUUAAAAUUCCUAUUCCUAAUUACACAGGCCCACUGGGCAUCAGGGCACUCGGUCUGAAGCGUGCAGGCGUGAGGAAAGCACUUCACGAUCCCUUCUUAGAAGACGCUUUGGUCCUUUAUGAGCCCCCGACUCUGAGCGCUCACGACCUGAUCAAAGCUGAAAAAGAAAAACUACCAGUCCACGUUGUUGUGGAUCCAGUUUUAGGAAAAGUGCUCAGACCCCAUCAGAGAGAGGGGGUGAAGUUCCUGUGGGACUGUGUGACGGGAAGACGCAUCUCCGACUCGUACGGCUGCAUCAUGGCUGACGAGAUGGGCCUGGGGAAGACCUUGCAGUGCAUCGCCCUCAUGUGGACCCUGCUGCGCCAAAGCCCGGACGCCAAGCCGGAGAUAGACAAGGUCAUUGUGGUUUCCCCUUCCAGUCUGGUUCGGAACUGGUACAAUGAAGUAGCGAAGUGGCUGGGAGGACGCGUCUCACCGGUGGCCAUCGACGGAGGUUCAAAGGAUGAGAUCGACAGAAAACUAGUGAACUUCAUGUCUCAGCAUGGUUUGAGAGUACCAACCCCGAUCCUGAUAAUUUCAUAUGAGACGUUUCGGCUUCACGCCGGGGUUCUGCACAAGGGCAAAGUCGGACUAGUAAUCUGCGACGAGGGUCAUCGGCUGAAGAACUCCGACAACCAGACAUAUCAGGCCCUUAAUGCCAUGAGUGCCAAGAGGAGAGUGCUGAUAUCGGGCACUCCAAUCCAGAACGACCUGCUGGAGUAUUUCAGCCUGGUCCACUUUGUUAAUGCUGGGAUCCUUGGUACGGCUCAGGAGUUUAAAAAGCGGUUUGAGCUUCCCAUCCUCAAGGGUCGAGAUGCAGAUGCUAGUGAUAAAGACAGAGAGACCGGAGAGGGGAAACUCAAGGAGCUGAUCAGCAUCGUCAACAGGUGCUUGAUAAGGAGAACAUCUGAUAUCCUGUCCAAAUAUCUUCCUGUGAAAAUCGAGCAGGUCGUAUGUUGCAGGCUGACUCCUCUACAGUUAGAGCUUUAUAAGCACUUCCUGCGGCAGGCGAAACCCAUUGAGACAUUACAAGAGGGAAAAAUAAGUGUCUCCUCCCUGUCCUCCAUCACAUCACUCAAGAAACUGUGCAAUCACCCGGCUCUCAUCCAUGAGAAGUGCGUGGAGAACGCGGAGGGCUUUGAAGGGGCGCUGGAUCUGUUCCCACCUGGUUACUGCACUAAGGCUGUGGAGCCUCAGCUCUCUGGGAAAAUGCUGGUUCUUGACUACAUUCUGGCAAUGACAAGAACUACAACUAGUGACAAGGUGGUGCUUGUCUCCAACUACACUCAAACACUGGACCUCUUUGAAAAGCUGUGCAGAUCUAGAAGAUACCUCUAUGUUCGUCUGGAUGGCACAAUGUCCAUCAAGAAAAGGGCCAAGAUUGUUGAAAGAUUCAACAGUCCAUCUAAUCCAGAGUUCAUCUUCAUGCUGAGCAGCAAGGCUGGUGGAUGUGGCCUGAAUCUGAUCGGUGCUAAUCGCCUUGUCAUGUUUGAUCCGGACUGGAACCCUGCCAAUGAUGAGCAGGCGAUGGCACGGGUUUGGAGAGACGGCCAGAAGAAGACCUGCUACAUCUACAGACUGCUCUCUACCGGGACGAUCGAGGAGAAGAUCCUCCAGAGGCAGGCCCACAAGAAAGCCCUGAGCAGCUGCGUGGUGGACGAGGAGCAGGACGUGGAGCGUCACUUCUCCCUGGGCGAACUCCGAGAACUCUUCACCCUCAACGAGGAGACCGCCAGCGACACGCAUGACCGGUUUCGCUGUCGCCGCUGUGUGAACGGCAGGGAGGUCCGGCCCCCUGCAGAAGAAUCCGACUGUACCAGCAACCUCUCCCAGUGGAACCACUGCUACGACAAGAAGGGUCUGAGGGACCAAGUGCUGAAGGCCUCCUGGGACGCUGCUGUCUCCUUCGUCUUCCACCAGCGCUCUCACGAGGAUCAGAAGGGUGUUGUAUAGCGUGAAGAAAUCAACAGACUCUAUCACACGACCACAUUCACUGUAUAUAUUUUGAUAUUUAUUUGUUGUUCUGUUUGUUUGUUUUUGUAUUAAAGGUAAAGGAGAUUUAUUGGUGUUCAAUCCAUCAUGAAUGCAGUAAUUUAUUCUCAAAAAUAACUGCUCUAGGAUCGGGGCAAACCAUGGCCAACACUCGUAAUUGAUUUGCCGGUUUUGACCAGUUGUCUCGACGUGCACGUCAAACUGUGGUUGCAGUUUAGUUUUCCUACAGCCUUCUUAAAGCAGCCAGAUAGAUAUGUACAUUCCAUCUUGCACAUUUUAAUAGCACAAUGCACACACAUAACCAAAGUGACUUGACCACUGUAAGGAAGAAGCACACAUGCCAGCUCUUCUUCCUCACUUUUUUUAAGAAAAAAAUGUAAAAGGGGCCAUGAACAGUUUUAAACAUACUGUCACAAUUUGAUGAUCCAUAUCAGAUUGUAGCCUUAAAGCCAAUUUGGAUUGGUAGUCCCAUGGCAGGUCAAUGCUGAUAUAUGAAUUGCAAAAUCAGAUGUUAAUGUUUAAGCGUGUGAGGGUUUUUUCAUUUUUUUAUUGCUACAGCACGAGCCCCUCAUACACAGAUCAUUCACAAUACAAAUGCUGCAAAAAGUACCCUUGAGCAAGACAAUGUACCACCAAGUUGCUUGAGUGUGCAUGCGUGUGUGUAAGAAGUGUCAAGUUUUUGUCAGUCACGGUGGAAAAAUGCUAUGUUAGUGCAUCUACCAAUUACAGUUGUCAGAAUCUGAAUAAACACUUGAAAUGUUAAGUCAUAGCUGCAUGUUCAGAUGGCCAACAAUAUUUAUUAAGUACUGUGCACUCAUUAAAAAAAAAAACACGUGUCACUGUGACAGCCAAACUGGUGGCCCCAACAUGUUAUCUCUUGGUAGGAGCAGUAAAAGGUGGAACAUAAUACCCAGUCUAAUAAUGUGUUGAUGGUAAUUCUAGUCCAAUAAAGCAAUAAAUUCCUCAUUGUGUUCUAUAUUCACCAUAAAAGCUGAGUCCCCCUACUUGCAGAGCUGUGCCAGACAUACGGCUGCACAGUUAAUCUGAGGGAAGG